UCCCUCCUUCAGAGACACAACAAGAGAAAAUAGAGACACAGACCAGUAUUAACGCCAAUCCUUCCCAUUCAGAAUCAUCAUCCAUCACAUCUCCGGUUCAACUCCCUAGUCAAGAUGGUCAUCUGCGGGAGUGAUACCUUGAGUGGUCUCUGCUCGAAGGAUCAGCUGAUGCUUCUUGACUCGAUUGACCGACUGCGCUUGCAAGGCAUCAACAACUAUAUCUCCCUACCGCAAAUCAUCGUCUGCGGCGAUCAGUCGUCGGGCAAGAGCUCCGUUCUUGAAGCAAUCUCGGGCGUGUCGUUCCCCGUCAAGAGCAACUUGUGCACCCGUUUCCCGACAGAGUUGGUCUUGCGCCGGGCGCCAUACGUCAGUGCGAGUGUGUCCAUUGUUCCUCAUGAAUCUCGCCCUGAAGUCGAACUGAAAGCUCUCCGCGCCUUCCGGGAGGAACUAGAGAAUUUCGGCGGCCUUCCCGAGUUGGUAGAGAGAGCCAAGGCCGAAAUGGGUAUUACCGUGCACAGCAGAUCUUUUGCAAAGGAUAUCCUGCGCAUCGAAGUGACCGACCCGGACCGUCCGCACCUCACAAUUGUGGACCUCCCGGGGCUCAUUCACUCCGAGACCAAGAACCAGACAGCUGCGGAUGUUGAGCUUAUCCAGGAUAUGGUCGAGUCGUAUAUGAGCGAGCCUCGCUGCAUCAUCCUUGCCGUGGUUUCGGCAAAAAAUGACUACGCCAACCAGGUCGUUCUGAAGCUGGCUCGCACUGCAGACCCGGAUGGCACCCGGACUCUCGGUGUCAUUACGAAGCCCGACACGCUGGUACCUGGAAGUGAGAGCGAGGCCCUUUACGUGUCCCUUGCCAGGAACCAGGAGGUUGAGUUCCGCCUUGGCUGGCAUGUGCUGAAGAACAUGGACUCCGAGAAGGGCGCAUGGGACCUCUCCACCAGGGACGCCGAGGAACUCAAGUUCCUUAGCUCGGGCGUGUGGACUUCCCUUCCCCUUUCCUCCCUCGGCAUCGAAAAGCUACGCGGGCGCCUGAGCGAAGUGCUGCUCGGACAGAUUGCCUCGGAACUGCCUAGCUUGGUGGCUGAAAUCGACCAAAAGUUUGAAUCAUGCCAGGACCAGCUCACCAUACUUGGCGAUCCACGGGCGAGCCCGGAAGAGCAGCGACUCUACCUACUUCACCUGAGUCAGACCUUCCAAGCCAUAGUCAUGAUGUCGGUGGCUGGGAAUUACACCGAUUCCUUUUUCGCGGACGCCAAAACUCAGAAAGGCUAUGAACAGCGCAUUAGGGCAGUCGUUCGGAAUCUGAACGAAGACUUCGCGUCGGAGAUGUCAACACGGGGUCAUUACCGUCAGAUCACUCACGCUGGGACAAAAGGAGCAAAAACUGCUUCUGAUGAUUCCGAGGGCGUGAUUCGCAUCACUAGGAGCGACUUCGUCGACAAAAUCGAGCAUCUGAUGCGCAGAACAAGAGGCCGCGAGCUGCUGGGCGCUUUCAAUUCCAUGAUAGUUGCCGACCUGUUCCGCGACCAAUGCCGCCCAUGGGAGGAGAUUGUGCGUCUGCAUGUGGAAAGCGUCUGGAACGCUGCAGCGCGCUUUAUCAAGCUUGCUGUGGCUCACAUUGCCGACGCGUCGACGGCCACGGCACUCCAGCAGGAGGUAUUUGAGCCAGCGAUGAACAAAAUCCUAAAGGAGAUGAAUGACGAGACCGGCAAGCUGCUAGAUCAUCAUCGGAAGGGACACCCUGUCACAUAUAAUGACGACUUUCUCGACACAUUCCAGAAGACGGGCCACAAGAGAAAUGAUCCGGAGAGUAUCCUGCGCGAAUGGCUCCGGGUCGAAUCAUUUGAGCCACACCACCGUCUGAACGGAUACUAUGACCUUCAGGGUCUUGCCAAAGCUUUGGCUCAGGACGUCGUGCCGAAACGAUCCACUGCCCACCAGAUCCUGGAUUGCCUGAAUGCCUACUACAAAGUGAGUUUCAAUGAUCUAUCCCCUCGGCUCACCGAUCGGUCAUCCACACCUCUUCUCUUGGGUGCGAACAGGAACUAAGCAUCUAUGAUGGGAGUCGGCAUGCCAUCUCAGUGUCAUUGCUUGUUAACUUAUGUCGCAAAUAGGUUGCUUUGAAGCGCUUCAUCGAUGAUGUGGCGGUGGAAGUGGUGGAAGUAAAGCUCAUGUCGGCUCUGGGUGACAUUCUGUCUCCCCUCCUUGUCUACCAAAUGCCCGCGGACCAAGUCUCUCGCAUUGCUGGGGAGUCGGAAGAAACACGCAUGGAGCGCGAGCGGCUCAGCAAACAACUCGAGGUUCUCCGGAGCGGUCUG